AUGUCGGAAUUCAAGGUCAGAGUUCACACUCUGAAGUUCGCCUUCGGACAAGGCUCUCAGGAACCGUCGGAUGCUGAAAUGUUCGGGUUCUGCCGGGAUUGGCAGAUGCCACCGAACGAAAUUUACUCGAUCCAUCGAGACACCCAGGCAAAGGCAAUCUUUGUGAAGUUCAAAAGCGAGCGGCAGAUGAAGGCCGUCAAGGACAAGCUCCAGCCGGUGAUGAACUUCAAUUACAGCAACGGAACAUCCAUCAAUGUGUUGAUGUCGGAGGCGGACGAGACAUUCAAAUAUGUCCGCAUCUUCAAUCUACCUCCAGAGAUUGAGGACAAGGAGAUUCACCAGGUUCUGUCGGUGUAUGGCGUUGUUCGCCAGCAGAUCCGCGAGCGCUACCACGAGGACACGGGCUUCCCGGUUUUCUCGACCGUGCGCGGAGCAUACAUGGAAAUUACCAAGGAACUACCAGCGCAAAUCCGCGUGAGACAUUUCCAGGCUCGCGUAUAUUACGACGGACUGGUGAACAAAUGUUUCAUCUGCAAAAGCACAGAGCACGUGAAGGCAAACUGUCCCCGGAAGUUUGCUAAGCCAUCGGAUGGGAACGGGAAGAGCUUUAGCUCGGUCUUGGCUGGAACGAGCCUUCUCCCUGCCUUCGCUAAAGGUGAUGGUGCUCCGCCCAUGAUUAUGACGCUGCUGCAAUCUAAUCGGAACCAGCAACUUGUCAGCGACACGAUGGACGUCGGAGUGCCUGGAACAGAACCGACUUCGGUACAGCUGACACCGCCGCCAUCGUCACCCUCGCCGGCUCAACCAUCACUGCCGAUCCCGCCGGCUCAACCGUCACUGCCGAUCUCGCCGGCACAACCAUCACUGCCGAUCAGUCCACCAGUGCCCAUGGGGCCCCCUCAAGCACCAGUGUUGCCGGAAGGUUCAGGACGCAAACCUCGGAACAAGUUCCGCAGAGGUACCGAAGGGAAAGGAGAAGCAAUCCCGCAAGUUCCAGCCGGUGGCAGCGUAACCCUGGUGCAGAAGUUACGAUCACGGAGUAGGAGUGAGCGGAGGCCACAUGCCAACGCCGGACAGGAUCAGGCCGGCAAGGGCCGAUCUGCUUCCAGAUCGGAUCAACAGGAAGUCACCGCUGAGAGCGACGCAGAUUUUGUAGAAGUGCUACCGUAA